UUGCGCGUCGCGUUGCGCUUUUGGAAAGCGUGCGGCCGCGUUGCGCGCAGACCUCGGCUGAGGCUGCGAAACGCCGGGCGAGGCCCGUUCCUCGGAACCCGCGAGCAAAAAGCUAGGCUGGGAAGUCCCAGUCGCCGCCUCCGCCUCCCGCCGCGCCUUUUGGCACAUCAAAGUCUAGUUGCAGAGCGCGCCUUGGGAAGGAUACCUCCUCGCCAAGCGGCCGCCCUCGGGGGCCAUGCGCGCCUCUCCUCCCGGCCCUCUGCAGCGCUGUGGGAGUCGCGCACGUCUCCUCUUCCCAGACCGAGUCACCGAGAUAGCAGCGGGGGCCCCAAUUCCUCUUGCGCCUCCGCUCUCGUCGAGCUUCGUGAAGCCAGCGGUCUGAAUUUGAGCCGGGGAAGCCGGAGCAGCAAAAGGGCUCUCACUCCAGUCUUGCUUUUCCGUGUGGAAAGAAGACCACCCAUCGCUUCCGCCCCCUCCUUGAGUUCAGGUACAGAGCAGGGCAUUGUCCUCAAGGCCCAAAGCAGAUACAUGGCUGAUAAGACCUUAAAAGGAUGCAGUUGUUUGCUGGCAGGCAAGGGCUCUCCAGGAUUUCAGACAGGAGUUGUUUCCCAGCACUUUCUGAGAGAUGCCAGGGAUUGGACUGGGGACCAUCUGCUUGCAAAACAUACACUCUGCUACUGAGCUGUUGUUCUUCACCUAAAGAUAAAUCUCGGCUGUUUUUAACUCUGGUCAUCCUGUGUGCCUGCUCCAUCCUGUACAUCUUGAUUUGCCCUUACUUCUGUCUGUCGUUGUGUUGGCUUGGCUGCCAUCACCCGGAAGAGCAAGGAGUCCUGCCAGCUGGUCCUGGAGCUGCCCAGUUUGAGGGUUACAUCAGCGUCCCUGAUGGGAAGCCAUUGGCCCGAGUGCCAUGUCGCCAGUGUGCUGUGGUAUCGAGUUCUGGGCAGAUGCUGGGUUCGCGUUCUGGGAAGGAGAUUGAUGAGAAGGAGUGUGUCCUGCGCAUGAACCAGGCCCCCACCCAGGGCUACGAGGAGGAUGUGGGUGGCAGGAGCACUAUCCGGGUCGUUUCUCAUACCAGCAUCCCCUUGCUCUUGCGGAACCAGAGCUAUUUCUUCAAGCAGUCCCGGGACACAAUCUAUGUUAUCUGGGGCCCCACCAGGCUGAUGAGCCGGGAGAAGGUGGGCUUGGUCUACCGCACCCUCCUAAAGGUGAAGGAGAUGUACCCGAGCCUGCACCUCUACACGCUGACUGACCAGAUGAUGGUGCACUGUGAUGAGCUCUUCCUGCUGGAGACAGGGAAGAACAGGAUGAAAUCUGGCUCCUUCCUGAGCACAGGCUGGUUCACAAUGGUUUUGGCGAUGGAGUUGUGUGAGCAGAUCUUUGUCUUUGGCAUGGUCAGCGAGAACUAUUGCAGAGACAGAAUCCAGCCCACUGUGCCUUACCACUACUUUGAAAAGGGCAAACUAGAUGAAUGCAAGAUGUACCUGACCCAUGAAAGAGCACCCCACGGUGGGCAUCGUUUCAUCACAGAGAAGGCCGUCUUUUCUCGCUGGGCAAAGAAAAGGAACAUUGUCUUCACUCACCCUUCGUGGCCAGAUGGGUAGAUGAGGCCAGCGGCAGGCCACCCAUGGUGCUAUUGUUUUGGUAUUUUCUAUGAAUUCAAUCUUCAAACAUUUGAGACGGAAGCCAUAUUUGUCACUGUUUGGUUCUGCACAAAGUGCUGGCUCCUGCACACGUGGUUUUCAAAGGGGAAUGAGGCAUCAGGAUGCAGAGCAGCUGGUACAGGGCCUCUUCCAUUUCCCUUGGCCAUGUAUUGCUAAACUUCCGGUCAAGAGGCAAGGAGUUGUUCUCCUCUUCCUGAACACUGAGUGGAAAGUCCUUCUCGUUGGUAGGUGGGAAACACUUUGGAAUUGUUAUUUUUUUUAAGUGGAGGGAUGGAAACAUUUCAAAUAUUGUAGUAUAUAUAUAUAUAUAUAUAAGCAAUCCUCACUAGUGUUGGAUUGUUGCGGCCUACUUCACCAAUUAUGUUUUCUGUGCUUGACACAUUGUGUGAUGAGAAGUACACCUGGAUUAGGCAGCAACGUUUUCUAAUGCUGGAGAUCCCAGGUAGUUUACCUGAUAAAAGACUGCCCACCCCCUGAGUUAAUGGGAUCUUGGGAAGCAGAUGAUGGGGACGACAGUAAUCUGUUUCCACAAUAACUGUUCCUAUGUUUUGUGCACUGCUGAGAGAUUGCUGAACAUCACGUGGUUUAGCAAUAAAAUGAAAUAAAAAAUGAAAUAAAAUAAACGACUCCUUUCUGCCUGAGACUCUCAGCCAGGGCUCAGUAGCAAAAACAGCCUUGGCUGCCAUGUGGCUGUUUGCUGUGUUUGUGGGUCACGUGGCUCUGUGGGCCUCUCCACCAUGUCGCCCUCCUUCCCCACCCCUUCAGCUGCUUCCUCUUAUCUCCACCGCCUUCUGUGCUUCUGUUUCCCUUCAGCUGUUUCCGAGAGAUUAUCAAACAUUUUAGAAACCUGAGCAUGGAAAGGGCUGACAGUGCAUGGCCUUCCUGAGUGUGAAAGGCAGCUACUUCAGAAAUACACUGCUGUGCUUCACGCGUCUUGGCUGUCGGAAAACAGGGGUGGGAUGUGUACCUUGUCAACCGCAGAAUGGCCCCCAGACUAAAUUCAUGUGGCCCUCAGCUUUAUUUUACGCAGGUGACGAGGAGGGGGGAAGUGGGUGGCAGCAAGAGAGAGAAAGCCUAAGUAUGGAAGCAGAGAGUGGGGUGCCUCACCAUGGAUGCUGCCCCCCACUCACUGGCAGACGGGGCCCCCAACAGGGAGAGGAAAAAGGUGCCCACUCCUGUUCCUGAAGAAAUAGCAGGGGCAGCUGGAAUUGUCAGAAAGGGAGUCAACCCUUCUCCUGACCCCCACCUACUGCAGACCCAAUAAAAAAUACACACCAUGCCCUCCAAGCGGUCCUUUUCCCUUGGAGAAAGGCUUACCAGUGUGAGCCAGUGUGGUGUAGUGGCUCAGAGCGGUGGACUCGUAAUCUGGUGAACCGGGUUUGCUUCCCCGCUCCUCCACCUGCAGCUGCUGGGUGA